CUGUUUUUCCCCCCCGCCUGGCUAAUAUCUACUAUAGCUUAUCUCUUUAUUCGCCACGGUGUCACUCGCUGGCCCCGCGUGCGAUGUAGAAGAAUGACGGGCUUUUGAUGCUUUUAUUCGCAUGUGACAGCAGUACUCGUCCAGACUCAUGAUUAGUAUACACUUGUGACGUCUGCUGGCGAAUGGCUUCCCGUCGGAGCACAGUGCCCUACAUGGAGAGCAGCUGAAAUACGCGGAAUCAGGGCAAACGGAGACACCAUGUGCACCUUGAUGUCUCUUGGUGACCCGUGGCAGUGAUUUAAUCACUGAUUCACCACCUCUGCCUUGAUCGUGGUUGUAAGCACCCCUCAUCCAGAGAGGGCUUCUGGGAGCCUCCAUGGCGGGGGAGAAGAGCCGUCGCAGCGCCAUGGAUAUCAAGCGUCUGGCGGGCCUGCUGCAGCGCGGAGCCGGACGACUGCUGGUCAUAGACAGUCGGACAUUCUCGGAGUACAACGCCUCUCAUGUGCAUGGUGCCGUCAACGUUUGCUGCUCCAAGCUGGUCAAGAGGAGGCUUCAGCAGGACAAGGUGUCAGUUACUGAGCUCCUCCAACCCAACGGAAAGGUCAAGGUCGACCUGGGCCGCAGACAGGAAGUGGUGGUGUACGAUCAGAGCACCAAGGACGCCGGUCAGCUUUCCAAAGACAGCUUCGUCCACAUCCUCCUGAGCAAGCUGGAUAGCACCUUCCACAGGGUGUCUCUGCUUACAGGUGGUUUUGCAGCAUUCUCGUCAUGUUUCCCAGGCCUUUGUGAAGGCAAGCCAGUGGCCACUCUGCCUAUGAGCUUGUCUCAGCCUUGUUUGCCUGUGGCAAAUGUCGGUCCCACACGAAUCCUGCCCCAUCUCUACCUGGGCUCACAAAAAGAUGUGCUCAACAAGGAUCUGAUGGCUCAAAAUGGCAUCACAUAUGUGUUAAAUGCAAGCAACACCUGCCCAAAACCAGAGUUCAUCUCCGAAAGCCAUUUCAUGCGCAUUCCUGUCAAUGACAACUACUGUGAAAAACUCCUGCCAUGGCUCGACAAAACAAAUGAGUUCAUUGACAAAGCCAAGGUUUCCAACUGUCGAGUCAUUGUUCAUUGUUUAGCUGGCAUCUCCAGGUCGGCCACCAUCGCCAUUGCUUAUAUUAUGAAGACAAUGGGCUUGUCAUCAGAUGACGCUUACAGGUUUGUAAAGGACCGAAGACCUUCAAUAUCACCCAACUUCAAUUUCCUGGGACAGCUGCUGGAGUUUGAGAAAGGUCUGAGGUUGCUGAAGGCUCUGUCCUCAGGUCAGGAGAAGUUGGAGCAGUUGAAGGAAUUGUCAGAACCUAGAGGAGAGUCUUCCGGUGAUCCCGAAAAGGGGCGCUUGGAGGCUGAGAAGGACAGCACAGAAUUAGAUGGCAAGCUGCCUUCUCCAACCUCCCUCCAGCAGGGCUUUAAUGGCUUGAAUCUGUCAGCAGAACGUAUUCUGGAUACCAACCGGCUCAAACGCUCCUUCUCACUUGACAUCAAAUCGGUCUACGAGCCCAACCACUGUCCGCGCCUUGCACCUGCACAUACCGAAGAUGUCCCCAAACUCUGCAAACUUGAUAGCCCAGAGGCCAGAGAAGCCAAUGGCAUAUGUCAGCACUCACCUGUUUCCGUCAGUCCUGGGUUGGCUGAAUCUCCAAGCAUCUUUCCUGAAAGCAGCUCCAGGCCUCGUUCUCGAAGGAAAAGCAAGCACAAUGGUAGCAGUGCUGGAAGUUCUCCCGUGCACUCGCACAGCCUAAACUUUGGACGCACACUCUCUGCACAAAAAAGUUCCAGUCUUAAUGACAAUCUGAAGCCCUCCCUGCUGCUCAGUCUUCCCACCGUGGGUUCCGGUCCUAUGUGGACUAAGCAUAGAGACACCGUACAGGCCACAACCCCUGUUACGCCAACAGAUGAAGCCCCUUGGUUCUACGGCUCAGAAUCAAUGAAUGGCAACGGAGGUGGAGGAGGGAUGGUACACUUUCCUGCACUAGGCUGUAGCAGUCUCCCCGGACCGUGUGAGGCUGUGCGUCUGCGUGACAAGGUGGGGGAACCACGGGACUCAAGGAGCAGUUGGCAUGAGGAUGCUCCUACUUCCAGUGCUGCUGACAAGCAGUUCAAGCGGCGCAGCUGUCAGAUGGAGUUUGAAGACGGGAUAUCAGAGACACGUUCAAGGGAAGAACUGGGAAAGAUCAGCAAACAGUCCAGCUUCUCUGGGAGCAUGGAAAUCAUCGAAGUAUCCUGACAUCACCUGCACAGUCCGUGGGGACUUUACACACAGGCAGACAGGCGCCACUUAUGAGCAAAGAUGACUAAGAGUGGACCUGGAGAUGCUCUUGUGUGGGACAUUUUCAUUUUAGUUCAUAGGCUUGUCCUUAAUGACUGGUUCUCAGAAAUAAGACUGUUUUGUUUCGUUUUUGGCUGGUCUUUUUAAACCGGUGGACCCGGACACAGAUUGACUUUGCUUUUUUCUAUUUUUAAGCCAUAGCCCUCCCCAAUAUGACACAAGCUGGGACUCCAAGUGCGGAAAAUAAAUCUAGUUUCCUGACUUUAGAAACAGAUCUCCAAUUCCUCAUAAAAGCUUUACCAGCCUUUUGGUGUAUUAAGAUUCAAGCAUGGCUGUUACGCUCACACUUGUUUCUUUUAUUAUGCCGCCCCUGGACUCCGUGAAGUUACACCACCACAGCACGAGGAGUCAGCACAGACUGAGCAUUGGUGGUAGAUUUACUAGCUGAAUGAAGGCCUCUUUGUGCACCCUGCUCCUGUAUCCUAGCAUUCUCGGAAUCCUGGAGGAGGACCCAGGCAUGUCAUGAAGGAAAUGCAUUGUGGGCGUUUUCCCAUAAUGUUCUCUGUCAAUCUUUUGUUACCCAGAUUUCAGGGUCUCGUCCUUCCCCUCCUGUGCCCAAGUGGUGAUGCUCAAACUCUUGUGCCACCCACGUUCCUGUCACUGAGCAUGCUUCAAGGCUGCGGUGUUCCUUACAAAUGAAUAAUACAUGAACUCUACACGAUGAUUUCAAUGGACAAAUUUUUUGUCAUUUUCUUAGUUACAGUUUUAAUUUAUUCUACUGGUUCAUUCUGGUAAUGAGAAAUAAUAUAAAGAUUGUGGAGUUUUUAUUUUUCCUCUUUUUUUCAGUGUUGAUCUCUCACUUUUUCAGUGACAUUUACAAAAAUACAUUCGCAAGGCCGAUACGCAACUACAAGCAAUAUGUGUUUUUACAUACCUUUCUCUUUGUCCUCCUUUUUGUUUCUAAGGGAGUGCCGUAAUUACCAGGAAUUAUCUGAUGUUUAAAUGCACUUUCUGUUGCUUUAAGAGGGACGUUUUGGGGGCGUUUUUAUUAAAAGGGUACCACAACGCUUUACAAACAAAAAAAAAUCUUGUGUAACCAUUGAUGUCCUGCGGUGUGUCACAAACUAAAGCAUUUCUUACCGCUUUCGUUUGUCUCUCCAGCCUGCUGGCUUGAAUUAUUAAAGACUUUAAUCCAGCAUGAACAAGUUCUAGAGUAAUCUAGAAGAAUAUGUAUGAUACCCCAGCAUCCUAAAUUUGAUUUUCAAGAAUUUGAGUUUUGUAUUACCAAGCACACAAGACAAAAUUAAGGGAAAAAAUAAUGACAGGGACUCUUGAAGGGGUUUGUCUGUGUCCCCCAUUUGUUCUGCAUAUUUAUGACAUUAUUUAUUGUUUGUUUGGGUCUGAUUGCGGGAGGAUGUUUGGAUGGAUGUUGUGAAUGAUUGGUAGACUGACCCUUGGCUCAUGUAGAGUGGCAUCUUGGGGAGGAGAUAAGCCCAUAAUUUUUUCACCUGGAACCAUAUGAGAAAAAAAAAUUAAACACUAGAUGUAUUUCCAAGAUGGCUGAUGGCCUGACAGAGUUAUGUCUGUUGAUCAUCUAUGUUUAUAUGCUAUCUAGGGCUACUUUUACAUGACUAGCGUGUAGCUAAAAACUGAAAAGUUUUCCACUUGCAUUUAAAAAAGUUUCAGGUUUACAUGACAACGUUUUCAAAAUGAUCCAUGUUUACGCAUCCGCAAAAACUGCCAAAAAUACUGUAUUACAUAUGCCAGGCCAGUAUUUAAUGAUGUUACACUCAGUGCCGAGGCAUCAGAGUGUGUGUCGAAAAAUCUUGUAAAGCUUUCAGGUGAAGCGCUUGUAUCAUUUUGGAGCAAUGACAUCACUGAUGGCGUCUGAGGCCUCAUUUGUGUUCGACUACCAUAAGGCAUGACAUUCUUUACUAAGUUAUAUUGCUAUAUAACUAUAUAAUCAUAUAGCACCAGAGGACAAAUAUUAUACUCAUAUUAAUACACUAGUCAAUAUGGAAAUGGCUUUUUCCUAAUUGUUUUUAAGACUUAACGAGCAAAAUGUAGAGUAUCACAUCUGGUCAUCUGUAAUGUAUCUGCUUGUUUUACACUUUUUGGCCACAAGGUGGUAUCGUGAGCAAAUUAGGACUCCAGAAAUGAACCCUUUUGUGAAUCAAGGGCUGCGUCCGAAAUUGCCUACUAUUCAGUAGGUACUGAAUUUCAAUUUAAAUAUACUACUCUGCCGAUAGAAAAGUACGUUCUAUACAGUAUGAAUGGAACUCAGACGUACUACAUCCGCCAUUUUGUCAUCAUCACGUGACCUACCAACGCCAGUUGCACCGCUUCACUCCCAUUCAUAAAUUCUCUCGCAAUGCAUCAUGGAACAGAGUAGCGUCCAUCCGAUGUGCACUUCAGAAUUUUGCCGGAAGUAGUAGGUACAUCUCACAUACUGUUUUUUUUUUUAUUUUAGGGAUUCGGACAUACUAGGCUUGCAUACUGUUUUUUGCACACUAUAUAGUAUGGAGGUGUAUGGAGGUGGACGCAGCUAAGCUUCAGUGCUUCAUAAGGCUUUAGCUUGUCAUCACUAUCAGUAUUUGCUGCGUUCGCCUUGUUAAACAGUACCUGUAAGGGAGGGAUGACGUGUAU